CGAGGUUACGCUGUGCAUUCACAAGGGUUCUCCACAGAACACUCCCUGUCGGCGGACCGCUGCUUGGAAUCAGAUGGUGGACAGGGAGCGUCCCGUCAGGUUGGGAGGCAUUUGCGGGAAUGAGGCUCCAUCGGCAGGGCACCUGCCCUUGGGGCUGUGGAUACCUACUUGGACUCGACAUCACGACAAUCUCUACCAUGUUGUAAUUAUAGUGAUUCACGCCCGACUCCCUCAAACUCGACAAAAGCAUACGCGGCUUACUUUCUCUUUUUGGACCACCAAAUCUCGGUCAUACUCGUAUACGACAGGCAGUGCGUUUAACUGGCGAGUAGACAUCAUCACAACGACAUCAUAAACGUAUGAUAGUAGGAUCAUACGAUAAGGUUGUCAACUCGACGAACCAACAUUUCGUCUGAUGCAGGGAUAUUUCAUGAAUCCAAGAUGAGCCUUGCCUGUAUUCAACGACCGAUCGCUGUUGACGCCACGUGGGAUUCCAUCCAGCUGGGUCGCUAUCUCCACUCUAGGCCAGGGUCCAAAGACGAGGCCAUCCCCAAAAUCCCUAUCAUGGACGAGCGGGCCUUGCGGGGACACUAAGAGUUGGGUCAAACGCUGGAUCUUUGUGAGGCUCCAUUUUUGACUGCCCAAAUUCCCACCCAUGGGUCCAUUUCUCCGGGCUCGUCACCUUCAUCCUAUCGGGCUCGAGGAUGCCAUUUGCCGUUGGGGAUUGGGGGUCCAUUCGGGGGGUCGGGGCCCAUUUGCCGCAGACAGCGGGCCGGAACCAUUGGCCUUGGCAACAGCCCAUGGGUUCAUCUCCCGGGAUUUGACCCCCCACCCCAGGUGCCAGUUGGGCAUGCUUGUUUUUGGUCAUCCUCAAGUCUUUAAAACCUUCAACUGUGCUGCUUGUUUCCACCUCGAGGUUAUAUCAUUGCCUGCCGUUCUCUCUGUCGCUCAAGCCGAACUGCACAUCACAACAUGACCUUCCAGAAAGCUCCUAAAGGCACUAUCGCCAUCGAAGAGGCUGUCCUCGACCCUGCCGGCCUCAGUUGGAUCUCUGCCUCGGCGCCCCUCUUCAACCCAGGACAUCGCCAAACACCUCCGGACUCGCCUUCCGGCUCUCCUCCCGGUUCUCCUACCCGUCACUCUCACCUUACAUCUCUUCUUCAAGAUGUCCACACUACCCGCCUUCACCAGAUGGACACACAUGGCGUGGAAUACAUGCUUCUGUCUUUGACCUCCCCCGGACCCCAAGGCGAAUCAGACCCUGCCAAAGCCGCGAUCAUCGCCCGUGAGGCCAAUAACUGGCUUUCAGAGCAAGUGAAUCUCAACCCAGCGCGUUUCGGGGGUCUCGCGUCAGUUUCCAUGCACAACUCUGCUGUUGCUUCAGCUGAAGCAGUUCGGGCAGUGAAGGAACUGGGAUUUUUCGGUCUGAUCAUCAACGACUACCAGGAUUCCUCACCUGGUGUUCCCAACGCAGACAAGGAAGGCAAGAUAUACUACGACGGUGAAGGAUUUCACGAGUUUUGGAAGACUGUUGAAGAACUGGACGUGCCAGUGUACUUGCACCCUCGAUACCCGGCGGCACAGGACCUCGAGCCUGGGACCAAAUGGGGAGAUAGGAAGCAGAUUCUCGGGGCUGCGGUUCAGUUCCAUUUGGAUUUGAGCACGCAUGUGUACGCACUGUGUUCAUCAGGCGUAUUCGAUCUCUUUCCACGAGUCAAGGUCGUUAUUGGGCACUUGGGAGAAGGGAUUCCCUUCAAUCUUUGGAGGGCAGACCACUGGUAUAACAAACCCGUGAAGAAGGCCACCCGACCGUCCAAGGAGGACUACACCUACUAUUUCACCCACAACAUUUCCAUCACCACGUCGGGAAACUUUAAUGAGCCAGGCCUCAAGUUUUGCAUAGAUCAAAUCGGAGUGGAACGGUGUCUAUUCUCAAUUGAUUACCCAUACGACACCAUUGCAGAGGCACAAUACUGGUGGCACGGCGUGGACUUGCCAGCCGAUCAGAAAGAGCUGGUAGCAAGGGGAAACGCCAUCCGUUUGUUCAAACUGCCAUUGGAUCCUUGAUUGCUAGGUACCUGGUCGCUUGGCGGAACUCGGCUUUGGGGGUUCUCGACAACGGCUUUUGUCUUUAUAUUCACAAUAUGUCUGGUUUUGUUUCGGUUGUAUACCUUAUGGGGCGAUAGAAUUUUGGCUUGUAUUUGGUCUUUGCCAUAGUACCUAUGUCUUGGUUGUUUGUCUAGGUAUUCUACCUUCCGGUGGUGUACGUCUGUUGGAAAUCUUAACCUUUUCGCUGCGAAGUGAACAACCCACGAAGUGGAAACUGCCGGUUACCUUUUCAUUCCAGGCUGUCCAUUUGCGGAUGGGUAAAAGCAAGUUGUUAAUUACCGCCUACCACGGCUCAUCUCCCGGCCCUUCACAAUCAGGGUAGUAGUGCUCAAUAUCAUGAGAUUCUAUCUCA